AUGAGCCAAGAUCCCAGGCGAGCUGCAGCAGGCCAGACAACAUCAUCGACUGCAGCUCCGCCUCGACCUCCACCACUACCGGCUCCAAGGCCUUUACAAAGGGCUCGAGAUGCGGCAUCACGCUUCUUGGGCUACUCACCCUCGAGACCGCCGAGUCCACAGGGCUUUCGGGAUGAUGCCGAUCGCUACACUCUCGGGAGCAGUCAGUUCACCAGGUCUUCAUCGCUUGGCACCACGCAGAACGCCACGACGAGCCACAAGACUGGCCUAGAAAUCCAUACCAUCAGCAUCAACGAGAGUGGAAGCCAUGCCAUCAUCGCGGGAAAGGAGAUCUUCAAGACUGUUAAGGUCGAGGAUGGGCAUUGUGCGGAGGACUUCAACCUUAGGACGGCAAUCCGAAGCACACCAACUCAGGCCUCAGGACAGCCUCGCCAGGUCUACUCGAUCGAUAUCGCCGAUGUGGCGUGGUCGAAAGGUGCCGAAACGCCCAACUAUAUAGCGGCCGCAACCUCCAGUGGGAAAAUCAUUGUCUACGACCUUGGACAUGCUGGACUUCAGGCGGCGCAGCUCCAUGAACAUUUUCGCCAAGUGCAUAACGUGACAUUCAACCCUCACAGAGGCAGUUUACUGCUUUCUGGAAGCCAGGAUGGAACCGUUCGGCUUUGGGAUGUCCGAGACGUGCGCAAUUCAGCCCACACGGUCCAAAGCAAGCGCAAAUUCUCAGGCCAGAGCGAAGGCGUACGAGAUGUCAAGUGGUCUCCCGUAGAAGGCUAUGACUUUGCCUUUGGAACAGAUAAUGGCGAGAUUCAGCGCUGGGAUAUGCGAAAUCUCAAGGUAGCCAAAGUGAGAGUCCCGGCUCAUGGACUUGCUUGCAACACGGUCGACUGGCAUCCGGAUGGCAAGCACAUUCUGAGCGCGAGCUCCGACAAGACAGUCCGAGUCUUUGAUGUGUCCACGAGUCGCCCUAGGAAGGCAUCAUGGGAGAUUAAGACUCCGCAUCCUGUCAUGCUUGCUCGCUGGCGACCAUCCUGCCAAUCUGCAAUGCCGCAGGAUAACGGAGCGCAGUUGUGUACGCAGAUUGUCACUGCAUACGAUCGAGAGCACCCAAUGAUGCAUGUCUGGGACUUUCGUAGGCCACAUCUCCCGUUUCGAGAGCUGCAGCCACACCCCUCGUCACCAACGGAUAUGCUCUGGCAUUCGCAGGACUUGCUGUGGACAGUAGGAAAGGAAGGCACCUUCCUGCAGACGGACAUACAGCAUUCUCCGAAGGUCAUUGACCGGUGCAAUCUCCAGUCCAUUGAUGUAUCUCCACUCAACGAACUCACUGUCGUUGCACAAGCACGCCAUUGCCGGCGAACGCCUAGGCCGCAGAAAGUUCCAUCUCUUCAGCCAAAUUCAAGCAGCAGUCUUAGCACUAGCCCUGAAAGCACGUUCCUGAGCCGCAGUUGGGCAGACGACAGUCUCGAUCACUCCUUUCUAAGCGUGCUCCCGUUCAGCAAGAGGCAGACCCGGUCCACAAGCAGCAGCAGAGUGCACAACGCGUCUGGGUCUUCGAUUCUCAACAACAAUCAGUCAGCCACCAUCAAGCUGAACGACGUUUUGCUGAACCGCAAGUCGUUUCGGCCUCCGCAAGUUGCUUGUCGAGGGCAGCUUCCAAGUCAUAACAGUACAGACGUCGUUGCAUACAUCGCAGAGCGGUGCAGCACAAAUAUACCUGAGACAUCCAGCGACGACGGGUUCUUGAAAGAAGUUGAAAAGGCAUUCACAGCCAACGAGGACUAUGCACAGUCAAUCGGAUUCCUUCAAACAGCGCAGACUUGGAAAAUUGUCGGUGUUUGCACUCUGAACCAUCUGCGAGAACGUCUUUCAUGGAAGCGGAAGCAAGCCUUGGAGGCACAUCCUCCAUCACCGACCUCUAAAGGCGCCAUGAACAAUUCUAUCGAGAGCUUGGCACAUCGAUUCGCGGUCCAGCACCUCAAAUCGCCUACUCAGUCUCCGGGCACGAUGAGGCCCGUCUCAAACAUCGCUGCGCAGCUCGCAGUACCAGAGAGCACCUCCAAUGUUCCAACACCGCUUGCGCGACCCACCACAAACGGCAAGGCUGCCACAACUCAGCUGCAGCAUCCACCACUUCCCGAUCCUGACAAAGGCGAGAAAAUCGCGCUGCCUCCUUCUAUAGCUUCUGCAGACAUCACACCUCCUCCACGAUCGCCUUCAGAAGGACCUAGACUGACUGUUGGCAAUCUUGAAGAUCUCCAGAGAAUCGAGACCCGAAAUGACUCCAGCGAUCGCAACGACAUGGUGAAGAGGUGGAGUCAUCAGCCAAAAGCACCACUAAAUUUGGAUCCUGUCGAUGCUGAUGGCGUGAAAAUCCCGGCGUCUAAGCUCGAGAAUCAUGGGAGUGGCGAGAGCUUUCAAUUCUUGGAAGAGUCUGGGGGCUCUACGGACUCGUCGUUUCCCGCCUCGCUCGCGAGCACGAACUCUGGAGCAAUGCAAAUGGUCUCGGCGCAUCCAAGCAGAGGAAAGUUGCAGAGACAACAAACCGCAACAUCGUUCCCGACGUCCACCCAAGAACGCGAUGACUUCUCCGCGCAGCAAUCCACGUUCUUUGAAGGUUCCGGCACACUAGCCAACAGCGCCUUUCGCGCUGUAGAGAAUUAUGGAGACAUCAGUAUGGAAACGUCGAAUGAGGACGUCAGUCAGAGUACGAAAAGAAACACUGAUACAACCGACUUCGCUUUCCGCGUGAGAUACGACUCAGAUACGAUGCAGCGUCGUGCAGCAGGCUCGGUGAACGGCGCUGGAGCUCCCCAAGCCUCAAUCCCAGUUCAUGCCUUUGGUGAGGACUAUGUUCCAUCCAGAAAGCUACAUCAAGAUCCGCAGCAAAAGAUCUCGAGCCGGGCUAUUGAGAAUAUCAUGGCGUAUGGUGAGCAGGUCUCGCCAGCUGAUAGCGUUAUCGGGGAAGCGGAACCGGAUCUCGAAUUGAACAAGCCAUGGUCACUAGUGGAGAUGCUGCACCAGCUCCUCCGACAUUAUACGGCCGAGCAGCCAUACCCGCAAAUGGCUGCGCUUCUCCUUCUCCUUCUAGGUCCCCUCCUUCCACGCACACAUCCGCUACCAGUGGCAGAGGUUCAUUCCACCAUCUCAGGAUACGUUGACUACUUGUUGAAUACUCUUGGCUGGGAUGCAGGCGACAUUCCCUCAGUGAUACAGCAGUCCUUUGAGCAACCUCUGAGCGCGGGACUACAGCCCUUGCAAGUGGAGAGCAUCCUCUCUACUUACCACGAACAAUUGCUCAGUUACCAGCUAUGGCAAGAAGCAGCUGUGCUGAGGAGCCUCUCAUACCCAGCGUAUCCAGCCGUUUAUGAAGACUUCGUGAAAGACAACAGAGUUCACUUGAUGUGUGGACAAUGUAAGAAGCCGGUGACUGCCAGCACCAUUCACUGCGAGAAUUGUCGAAACCAGCAGCGAUCCUGCCCCGUUUGCUGGGAACGAAGCAGUCCGUUCGGGAACAGUGGAAAGUGUUUGUUCUCUUCUUGCUUGUUCUGCGGGCACGGCGGACACGCGGCCUGUUUGGACGAAUGGUUCGGUGCUUGUCAUGGCCAGGGCUGUCCGACUGAGGGUUGUCUCUGCGAUUGCACAGCUGGCAGAUGGCGUGAGGAGCGAACGGCUGAGAUGGACGCGAGGAGUAAGUUCCAGACGCAUGGGAGGGUAAAGAGUGAUGAGUGGAGAGCCAGGGAGAGUAAGGCCGUCGAGGGCGUCAGGAAAUUGGUUUAA